AUGUACCAAAGAGAGCAUCCAAACGACGGAUAUAAUGCCCUUCGUCUUUAUUUGGAGAAGCUAAAUCCUGAAUGCAGCGCUUUCUUUCAAUACCCGAAGCGUUCUUGGAAGAGACCACAAGAAGGAGUGUGGUUUGAGAAUCGAUGCCUUGGGGUGGAUAAGCUCUGAGAUAUGAUGAAGAUUCUCAGCAAAGCGGCCAACCUGUCAAAGAUAUACACUAACCACAGUGUAAGGGCAACAGCGAUUACACUGUGGUCAGAUCUGGCCACAGGAAUGAAAACUCCCUCCGCACUUACAACACACGUCCUUCGUCCCAGCUGCUCCAGUUGUGCAGCAACAUGCUGUCCACUGCUCUCAAUUCA